UCGUCACUCGCAAUCGAAGCGCGUAUCAAGUCGGACGUACAGUACAGAGCAAAACGUUUGGAAAAAAAAUGGUCGUACCAAUUCGUGAACCGCAAGACCUUUUCGGGAACAGGAAACGUAUCCGGAUCGAUACCAAUAAGAACAAUCUGCACAUCAUCGGGAACCAGAACAGGAUACUGGUCAAAUCGAACGAAGGCACGUUGAACGUGGUUGGCAAUCUGAACAAUGUGAAAGUUAUGCGGAACAGCGGUAAAAUCAACUACAUCGGCAACGAAGGCUCGAUCUACCUGAGCGAUCAGAGUAAAUCGAUGAAGGUGAACUACACCGGAAACAACGCCAAGAUCCGGGUUUGUGACCAUGAGCAACUGUCGGAUAGAUUCCGAUAAGGCGGCGACGGCUGCAAUAACUCUGUGUUCAGUGAGGCAGCAAUUUAAGAAGAGACUGAUCCUUAUCUAAGUCGUAUGAUUGUGAUUAUGGAAAAUAGAAAAAAACAAGUGCAACUAACAACACCAGCGAAUAGCAUCAAUUACAUGACUUAGCUUAAAAUUCUAGUGAAAUUAUUUAUGAAUUAGUAACGUAGAGAGGAAACAACCGGUGCACGACUCUGUGAAUCCUGUGUCCGUAUGAAUCAUAAUCGCAUAUGGUUUGGAAAAAUUUACCGAGCCGUUCUUCACCCUAAUAUCAACUUGCCGUCCAGACAAUGUCUGAACGCGAUAACCUUGAGAUCGUCUGGACCGACAACAAUCCGUUGAACCUAAUGUGCACACCCACAAAAAAAUACCGCCUUGUUUCGACGGUGUGACAAAACAAGACUGAUUAGUUCUAAGUACAACUUGAAAUAUAGAAGGCUAUCAAUUUGUCAAAGCAA